CAAACCGAAAUAAAUUAUCUAGAAACAAAGCGGGCUGUUUCCGCGCCUUUGGGUGCCCCCUCGUUACAUUUAAACGUCUGUCUACCCUUCUCUCUAUCGUUACAUUACAGUGUUUUCGUCUUACUCUUAUUUUCUUCUUGGCCCCAAGUUCUAUGCAAAAUACUCACACAAAUGAAUUUUCCAUUCGACGAGUGGCCCUACAACGACCCCACUGUUCCCCCCGAAUUGCUCAACUUCAACGAGAGCGAAAUUCCGACCAGAGAAGAUCUAAUUGCCGCCGGAGCAGAUCGUCGAUUCAUCAAUUUAGUAUUUGAUGGACACUCCGGCAACGAAGAAGAUAGCGACGAAGAAGAAGAUGAAGACGAAGAAGAGGAUGAAGAAGAUGAAGAAGACGAUGAAGAGUAUGUUCCCAACGUACCGCCGGCAUCUAGGGUUUCUCACGAAGCUCAUCGGAAUUCUACAUCUGAUGAAGUAAUUGUUAUUCCCGAUGAUGACCGGCAAAAUUCAGUUGAAGAUGAGAGAAAUAAACGCCGCAGAAUCGAAGCAGGAGAAGCUUCGUGUUCUUCGAUUCCAAUCGAAAGCGCUGCCGACUGUAGCCAAGAUAAUGACCACCGUACCGACAUUGACGGCCUCAUUUGCCCUAUUUGUAUGGAUGCUUGGACCGAAAAUGGGGAUCAUCACGUCUGUUGUCUUCCUUGUGGACAUAUUUAUGGCAUGUCUUGCAUUAAAAAGUGGCUUCAACAGCGAAAAAAUUCGGGGAAGUGUCCUCAAUGUAAUAUGAAAUGUUCAAUGAAGGAUGUGAGGAAACUAUAUGCUUCUCGAAUAGUUGCUGUUGAUGAAGAAUCUCAGAAGAGAAUUCGGUCACUUGAGAGCAAAUGUGUGUCUCUUGAGAGUAAGGAUGGUAGUUGGCGCAAGAAAGAAAUGGGGUGGAAGAAGAGGGAAGCUGAACUGCAUCUUGAUGUUCAGAAACUUACCAAGAGAAACACUUAUUUGGAGCAGCUGGUACUAGAUAUGCAGCGUAGACAAUCUGAAUUAAUGGUUGCCGGUGGGAACUCUCAAUGGAGAUAUGAUUCCGAGCGCAACUAUAACCCAAUGUCCCAGGGAAAAGGAUCGUUUUGCAAUUUUGAAUGUCAGAAAACAUUUCGCCUAGAAGGUGCUCGUGUGUUUGAUAUGGACACUUCUAAUCAAAUUUUAUUAAUCGCACGAAAGGAAAAAGCAAUGGGUGAUGAUGUGCACUUGCUAACUAAAAUGAGCUUGAUAUCUCCAUUUGAGAUGCAAGAUAUUGUACUACCAUCAUCUACAAAUGGUAUUAGAGACCUGCAUAUUUCUCCUUUUGAUAGUAGACAGGCCCUCUAUGCUUCAUUUGGGAAGACAUUAUCAGUGCUCAGCCUCGACAGCGGCACCCCUGUUCUCAAUUAUGAUCUUCAGGUUCCUGCUUGGUCGUGUUCAUGGGAUCACAUCAGUACACAUAACAUAUAUGCUGGAUUGCAGAAUGGUUCUGUCCUGGUGUUUGACAUGAGACAAACUGCAGGACCCUUAAAAUCUUUAGCUGGGUUGACUAGCAACCCUGUUCAUAGUUUGCAAUCUCUUGCCCAAACAACGAGUCUCUCUUCUGGUGCCAGAACCAUCCUAUCUGCAUCUGCUAUCGGCCCUUGUCAGUGGGACAUUGAUUCUGAAGAACGGCCGUUUAUGGUUCCCGGGACCGAUGAUCAAGGAGUUUGUAUAUCCCUUGCCUAUUGUCCGAGCAGCGAUGACAUUGUUGUUUCAUACCGUCCAAAGUUCAACAUGGAUGUGCCUCUUUCUCCACCAUCGCCCACUCCUUCAUAUGUUACUGGACAAGGAGUACAGGGCUCUAAUGUAUUGUUAAAGAGAAUGGGCGGUAAUGAUUUCCAAAAGAUGGGUUCCUCGUAUGCCAAUGUAAGUAAAAUUCGACUACCAAAAUCUGUAAUUAUAGACAUAGAGAAUCAGAAUAGAAUGUUUGCAUCUGGAGAUGAAGCUACAUGUGACUUGGUCUUGCAAGACUUGCCAUCUUUUAGUGUUAUUCAGCGAUUCAAAAUGCCAGCUCAGGCCCGUGAUAUUAGGUACUCACCUAGUUAUGGAAUGCUUGGCUGCUUAAGUGAGAAUUUAUUGCAACUUUUCCGUACCAAUCUCUCGUGAUUAAGGUAAUUAAUUCUAUACUUGGUUCGUAGAUGUUGGUUCUUGGUAAAUUUUGUUUCUCAGAAUUUCAGCUGUCCAUAAAGUAGUCGAGAUAUUUAUUACUUUGCUACGAGCCAGUGAAUGAUUUGUUCUUUUUUCCCUAA